ACAACAUAUGUACUCUUAUUUUAUAAAUUGACUUAUUCUCUUAUCAAUUAUCAUAGGCUGAAAUAGACCUUACUUUCAAGUUCUUAUCUAAUUAUUGUAUGAGUAUUAUCUAAAAAACAUAACAAUUUAUUAACUCAUACCAUUGACAUAUAUUUUUGUUAGACGGUAAGGUAAUUAUAUUAUUUACAUGUAUUUAUGUUAAGGGUUAACUAUAACUAUGUGUUGAUUAUUAUGGUUUAUUCAUUAUAUAAAUUACGAAUUGAUGCAUCAACGGAGAUUUCCUCACUUGAUGAUAAUACGAUGUUAUAUUGGUUAUUCUGGUUAACUAAUUAACCAAACCGAUUGAACUGUAAUUUUGAUUAAUUUGGUUGUUGUAUUAUUUUGGAUGAACAUGAAUAUUCUCUUCGUUCGACUCCUAACUCCUAUAAUUCUCGAUCCAUUUUUUCUUAAUUAUAUAUAAUUUUAUUUGAAUUAAUUACAAUUAUAGGUAAUAAUCUCAAUUACUUAGAGUUAAGAUUAUAAUCUCAAUUACUUAGAGUUAUAGAUUAUAAUCUCAAUUUCUCAAAUAAUAUUUCAUUCAUCGUGUCAUAAUUUUUUUCUAAAUUUUUUAGUGAACAAAAAUAAUAAUUUUUCAAAAGAUAUUUUCUCUAAAAUAUAUACUCAUAUAUAUCGACCUCUCUUCACCUGCGUCCAAAAAAUACUUAAACCCGAAUAAAAGAUACCUCCUCGACUCUGGGCCAACCAACAAAGCAGAUCCCCUAUAUGAGUGUGCCAGCCCAACUAAUAACCAGAUCUCCUUCGUUACAUUUGGGCCCAUAAUAAGAGUUUCUUUGGGCUUUCUCCGGGCCAACAGUAAAUAAAAACUUUGUUCGAGAUCAGCUCAGCAUGAAUGGAUUCAAAAAACCGCGCCAACUCCCAGGGACACGUCAGCAUCUGCAAAUAGUGCUCCUUCAUCCCUUAAACGUUCAUCCCCUAGCUUGAGUGAUAAGCAAUAUGCAGAUGUCGAUGACAAAUAAGCAAGCAAAAAUGAUUUUUUUUAAAUUUAUCACUUAGUGUAAUGAAUUUUUUUUUUUAAAAAGGUAGUUGUCCUUCAGUUCGAUUAUUAUACUCACAGUACGAUUUAUAACAACAUGUUAAUAGAGAUUAGGAGUCGUCAGAUUAUAGGCUAAACACUUUAUAAUUAUUAUUUUUAAUUAAUCACACUUUAUAAUUGUUGAGUAGACAUGGUAACAUCUAUGUGAAUAAAAUGUUACAACGCUCAACACCUGAUUUAACGACGCCCAAUCUCUAUGUCGAUUGAUUGCCCUUCCCCACCCCAAUCAAAGCAUUUUUUCAAAUUAAGAAAAUGAAUUCCUUAAUCAAAGCACUGUUUCCACUUUCCACAAUCAUGCGUUUCUAUAAGUAUCCAGAUCCAUCCUCCGCCACCCAAACGAAUCCUUCACCUCCUCCAGUCCUUUUCUUCUGCCCGCACUAUAUACGCCACCCCGCUGUUUCUCAAUUUGAUUUCUCGCUGUUUAUUAUCCUUAAACGGAAUCAGCUUGAACCAGGAAGAAGAAGAAGAAAUGGCGCCGGUGAAUCAGGAUAAGGACAGAGACCACCGGCCAUCGGCGGAUUUCUUCAUUGAGGAAGACGACGACGGAGAUUUGGGCAGAGCGGAGGCAGGCAACGACAGAAGCGGCGCAGGAACAGACACCACCUCCAGCUCGAGCUCCAGCAGCGGCGGCGACGGCGGCGGCGGCUCCGGCGCGGAAGCUGACGACGAGGAGAAGAAUGCCGACGACGACAGCGGAGGCGUCGGGACUUUCACCUCUCGGCAAUGGCCGCAGAGUUAUCGAGAAACGAUGGAUUCUUACUCGAUUGCAAUGUCGCCGAGCCUUGCAUUCAUGGGGCCGGUGCAACAGCUGGCGCCUUACUUGAGCUUCAUGAGUAACGCGGACACGGAAUCAAAGGCUCCAUUGAUUCCCGAGCGAGACAGGAGCUACAUGAGGAGGGUCGAAUCGGAUAGGUUCUCGCUAGCGCAAUCGUCUUUCUCGAAAGCUUCAUUCGCAAAUACGGAGUUCCAGAAUCCACAUGGGUGUAGCUUCACUCAAACUCUGUUCAACUCGCUGAAUGUAAUGGUGGGGAUCGGGCUACUCUCGACGCCUUACACCGUGAGGGAAGGAGGGUGGAUCAGUUUGUUUAUAGUAGCAUUUUUUGGGAGCGUCUGCUGUUACACUGCUUAUCUGAUGAAGCAAUGCUUUGAGAGCCGAGAUGGCAUAACAACAUAUCCUGACAUGGGAGAAGCUGCAUUCGGGAAGUUUGGGCGCCUAGGAAUAUCUAUCCUUUUGUACACGGAGUUGUAUUCUUAUUGUGUGGAAUAUAUUACCUUGGAAGGGGAUAACCUGGCCAGGCUAUUUCCUGGGGUAUCCUUUGAUUUGGCUGGGAUAUAUCUCGAUUCCACGCAUUUCUUUGGGAUUCUGACUGCUAUUCUUGUGCUGCCAACUGUUUUUCUAAGAGACCUCCGUUUCAUCUCCUUUCUUUCAGCUGGUGGAGUUUUUGCUACAAUUUUGAUUAUUCUCUCCCUGCUUUUCCUGGGUACCGCUGAAGGAGUUGGGUUCCAUCAAAAUGGCCCGCUUGUGAAAUGGAACGGGGUUCCAUUUGUCAUAGGUGUAUGUGUAUUCAAUUAUUCAGGUCACUCGGUUUUCCCCAACAUCUACCAGUCAAUGGCCAAUAAAGCAGAAUUUACAAAGACUGCAAUAGCAUGUUUUUUCGUGUGCGCUCUCUUGUAUGGGGGAGUUGCAGCCAUGGGAUUUCUCAUGUUUGGUGGGGCUACACUGUCACAAGUGACAUUGAACAUGCCACAGGACAGCAUUACUUCAAAAGUUGCAAUCUGGACUAUUGUCGUAAUCCCGCUGACUAAAUAUCCUUUUUGUGAUGCUUUGUAAAAUUCUUAUAAGGUCUAGAGUUGAACUUGCUCAAUACUACUUUCAAGCAAUAUAAGCUGUCCAAACACUUCUAUCGAUUUGUCACCAUCGUUAGUUUUCAUAAACUGAUGUGGGGAAAGAAGCUGCUUUUUCAUAUGAGUUGGACUAGAUACGCAGGUUUUCUUUUCUGUGAUUCCUUAACCGAGAACACAUAUUCAUUGUUGAUGAAUCCGUUGGCUCGAAGCAUAGAGGAGCUUUUGCCAGUUAACGUCGUCUCCAACUAUUGGUGUUUUAUUCUUCUGAGAGCCGUACUUGUUUUCUCUACUGUUGCUGCUGCAUUUCUUCUCCCCUUUUUUGGUAAGUCUGGAGUUUUACUUUAAGCCAUGUAUUUACUUUUUUCCCCCUCCGCUGAAGUAAGGAUCUUUGGGAAAUUGUUUAGACCUGUCUCUGAUUUGUGCAUUGUGUUUAGAAAAUAGUUAGAUGUUGACAUGCAUUUCAGAUUGAAUCAGAUUAGACUACAGUACUGUUUAUCAUCUUUUGUUCCUAUCAACCUUCACAGCUUUUCUUAAUAUGCAUGAAUACAGAUGCUUCAUCAGCUGACUGUGUAAAAUAAAUAACUUCCCGUCCAAAAAUUUGAAUCUUUAUGAGAACUUGUGAGUCUAGACUUUAGACAAAACCCAAUUUCUUUCGCUGGCUUGGAGAGUGGAUUAUCCUGGUAGAUUGUUAGUCAGGAUGAGAGAAUCCAUUUCAUAAUUAUCAUGACCAUCUUGAUCUGCUGCUUAGCAGCUUGAUGAACUUAUGCAUAAUAGAUGGUGCUUCUCAUUUCAGGUCUUGUGAUGUCUUUGAUGGGUUCAGGCCUCUGUGUACUUAUGGUGAGUGCCUCAAAUCCUCUUCUAAUUGUUCUUUCCUAGUUUGGCUGAAAGCGACUUAUGAGAACGAAGCCAUUAGUUCUUCUAGCGAUUCCCCCAAGAAUAGCGUGCAAAAAUUACAUGCUUUUGUCAUCUUGAACCUGUUAACAGCAUGGUUUACCCCAUUUUCUGUUGACAGCAUGGAACCUGUCUAGUUAUAUUCAUUUCAAGCUGUCCUAGUGGGAUUCCUAUGUCUGCAUAGAACUCUGUUAUGUGACCUUGCACAUUUGUACUUGUAAUAUGAUGCUACCAUUGACAAAGUCUGGUCAAUCUUAACAUCGUUGCUGCAUUUAGAUCCUCUGAUCUUUUAUAUGUUGCGGCUAAAUUAUAUGUCCCUUCUGCAUCUUUCUGAAUCAGGCUGUCAUAAUGCCGUCACUGUGCUUCUUGAGAAUCAUGGGGAAGAAAGCCACGAGAACACAUGUAAGGAGAAAUAGACUCUCUCUUGAACUUCUUGAGUUUGAAAUGCAGUGUAACAAUCUAUUCUAACUUUCUGUUUCCCUGUAAAACAGGUUGUUCUUAGCUCCGCUAUUACUGUGGUGGGCUUUGUCUGCGCGAUCAUCGGAACUUACUCUUCAGUUGAAAAGAUUGUGCAGAGCUUCUGAGAUCGUUUAUGUAGGUCCUCUUGCCAAUGCUUUUCAAAGCGUUUCUCUGGAGGUUAUGCCGCCCACCUUGAAGGUGUGGCUAAUGUAGAAUAUCCUGUUGAAAGAGCGUUCUGUAGUGUAAUCAGCUACUGAAGUCUGGGAAUUUUUGGUGUAAGUUUAGUAUGGGUCAUCAUCUUGUAGAAAAUAAUAAAAAUUCUUCAUGGCCAUAAUUUGAUCUUGAAUGGAAAACCUUUUUCAGUGUGAUGGUUGUUAUAAUUUAUUUGUUUGAUUGGGAAUAACUUGUAUUUGGACUAGGAAUGACAAUGGAUCAAGGUUAGGGAUGGCAAUAAAACCCAUGGCCGCGGGUAUCCGACCGCCACCGACCCAGUCAACGCGGGGAAUCCCCGCUUUGACCGGGUAUGGGGCGGGUAUGGGUAAAACCCGCAAAAAGUUUGAUGGGUAUGGGGCGGGUAUGGUUUUGACCUCCCCCGCCCCAUACCCAUACCCGCCCCACCAAGAGAAUUUCUUCACAUAUAAAAAAAUAUGUGGAUUAAAUUGUAAUCUAUCAAUGGUGAUGAGGAUAACUCAAGGAAAUAAAAAGUAUAAAUGCAAUUGAGUGACCAUUUUAACAAAAUCUAAUUCAUUUCCCUCAAUUCUCCUUUCACUCUUUCACUUUUCCCCUUAUCUACAAGAAUAUGUUAGUUAAUUAUUACUUAGUAGAUGUAUAAGAGUUAGAAGAUAAUAAUUUGAAAAAUAUUAUACUCUAUAUUAUGUAUUAAUGGAUGUUUUAGGAUCAUAUACUUUGAACCGUAUUAAGAAAAUGAUCGUGUUUUGUUGACUUCAUGAUAUAAUAGGUUCGUUUAGAGUAAUAAUUAAAACUUUUCUUGUAAAUUUUAGGUAUAAUAAUGUUGGAUGUAUGGGUACGGGUAUUACCCAUGGGUACCCGAAACCCACGGGUAUGGGGAUGGGUUUGCAAAACAUUCCCCCGCAUGGGUAUGGGGCGGGUAUGGGUUUGGGUAUUUGAAGAUGGGGAUGGGGAUGAUUUAGACAAACCCGCCCCAAACCCGCCCCAUUGCCAUCCCUAAUCAAGGUAGGGCAUGCUGAUAUGAUACCAGUACUGUAGGACAUAGUUCAGGUUGGAUAUUGCGGUCUUGUCACAGAAAUCUUGACAAAAGCACACUCUAUUGUCGGUUGUCACGGAUUGCUCAAUGUUGUCAACAUCUUACAUAAUAUAGAGAUAUAAUAUCAUUCCAUUUGAAAUUGUGAAUUCAGUAAUAUACUCAAUAAUUACGGUGGUCAUAUUCGUGUCUCAACUAAGCAAAUGUCAAAAUUGAAUGGGUGAAUAAAUAGUAAGCAAGGAGAGGUUUACCUAUAAAUUGAACCCAAAUCC